AUGGAGCCAAGCACCUGUAAGAACAGCGAAACUGAGGAAGACUAUGUUGAGGAAGAGGAAUCUGAGGAGGAGUGUAUUAAAGAGGAAGCUCUGGUUCUUUCUAACCUUUCAAAGCAGGCCUUUUCAGAGGCUGACCAUAAGGCAUUUGAGGAUGGGGUUCCCUUGGUUAUUAUAGCCAAGAAAAUCAUAGCUCCAGCUGAUACAGAUGACAUAGAAGUUGGGAGGACACAAAGAAGGCGGAAACGCAGACCCCUAACCAUCAACCUGACCAACUGCAAGUAUGAGAGUGUGUGCCGGGCAGCCCAAAUGUGUGGCCUGAAGGAGGUGGGGGAGGACGAAGGGUGGACUGUGUACUGGACAGACUGCUCGGUCUCACUGGAGCGAGUCAUGGAAAUGAAGAGAUUUCAGAAAAUCAACGACUUCCCUGGCAUGACAGAACUCUGCUGCAAGGAUCUGCUGGCACGGAACCUCAACCGCAUGCAGAAACUCUACCCGUCCGAGUACAACAUCUUCCCCCGCACCUGGUGCCUCCCUGCAGACUAUGGGGACUUCCAGUCCUAUGGUUGGCAGCGAAAAAUGCGCACUUACAUCUGCAAGCCAGACAGCGGCUGUCAGGGCCAGGGGAGGAAACUGUGUCAGCCCUUCCUCAUUGAUGGGUUUAAGUUUGACAUGCGAAUUUAUGUCCUGAUCACAUCCUGUGACCCUCUCCGGAUCUUCAUGUAUGAGGAGGGCCUGGCCCGCUUUGCCACCAUGCCCUACGUGGAGCCCAGCCAUAACAACCUUGAGAAUGUCUGCAUGCACCUCACCAACUAUGCUAUCAACAAACACAAGAAUUUUGUCCGGGAUGAUGCUGUGGGCAAGGAUGGUUAUGACCCCCGAGAGCUGUGGGGAGACAUUGAGGGCAUCAUCAUCAAAACCAUCUCGGCUUACUCUGUGCUGCGCCACAACUACCAAACCUGUUUUCCCCAAUACCUGAGUGGAGGUACAUGUGCCUGUUUUGAGAUCCUUGGUUUUGACAUCUUGCUGGACCACAAGCUGAAGCCCUGGCUGCUGGAGGCCUGCAAGAGACCACCAGCUGCUCAGGGGGCUGAGCAAGGGAGCAAUGGUGACUCCUCUCUGCAGGUGAACCACUCCCCAAGCUUCACCACAGACUCCCACCUCGACAGAGAGGUGAAGGAUGCGCUUCUCUGUGAUGCCAUGACCCUUGUCACCCUCCAGGGCUGCGACAAAACGAAGGUGAUUGAAGAGGACAAGUGGCGAGUCAAGGAGCGGCUUUUGCUGUGCCACCAGCAGCCAAGAGAAGCCAGCCGAGAACAGAUGGAGUCAUCCCAUGUGGCCAUGCUGGACCUGGAAAAAUAUGAGGAUUCCCACCUGGGGGGAUACCAGCGGAUCUACCCAGGGCCUGGCAUGGAGAAGUACACACCCUUCUUUAAGCACAAUGGCUCCCUCUUCCAAGAGACUGCUGCCUCCAAGGCCAGAGAGGAGUGUGCCAGACAGCAACUGGAAGAGAUCCGCCUGAAGCAAGAACAGCAGGAAAAUGCAGGUACCAAGAGGCGGAAGGAAAACAAGGACCAGAACCUGGGUGAAUCAGCUGGAGUGAAGAGCAGACCCAGAGCUGGGCCCUGGAUCCACUUGGCUCACAGGAUGCAGAACUGGGAGAAAGAGGCCUCAAAGCUUCCUGGAAAAAAGGAUUUGUUCAUUGAGCCAGAUCUCAUGAGCCCUUUGGAUCGGAUUGCCAAUGUCUCCAUCCUGAAGCAACAUGAAGUGGACAAGCUGUACAAGGUGGAGAACAAGCUAGUGCUCAGCUCCAAUGAACAGUUGUGCUUCCUGGUCAGACCCCGCAUCAAGAAUAUGUACUACAUUGCCAAUCUCGUCAAAGCUGACAAAUUGGCUGGCCGAACUCGAAAAUACAAAGUGAUCUUCAGCCCUCAGAAGUUUUAUGCAUGUGAGAUGGUGCUUGAGGAAGAGGGGAUCUAUGGAGACGUGAGCUGUGAUGAAUGGGCCUUCUCUCUGCUGCCUCUUGAUGUGGAUCUGCUGAGCAUGGAGCUGCCAGAAUUUUUCAGGGACUAUUUCCUGGAAGGAGAUCAGCGUUGGAUCAACACUGUGACUCAGGCCUUGCACCUUCUCAGCACUCUCUAUGGACCCUUUCCAAACAGCUAUGGGAUUGGCAGGUGUGCCAAGAUGUCAUAUGAAUUGUGGCGGAAACUGGAGGAGGAGGAGGAGAGUGAAACCAAAAGCCGAAGGCCAGAGAUCGGACAUAUCUUUCUCCUCGAUAGAGACAUGGACUUCGUGACAGCACUUUGCUCCCAAGUGGUUUACGAGGGCCUGGUAGACGAUACCUUCCGCAUCAAGUGUGGGAGUGUUGACUUUGGCCCGGAAGUCACAUCUUCUGAGAAGAGCCUGAAGGUGCUGCUUAAUGCUGAUGACAAGGUGUUCAGUGAGAUUCGCAACGAGCACUUCUCCAAUGUCUUUGGCUUCUUGAGCCAGAAGGCACGGAACCUGCAGUCCCAGUAUGAUCGCCGGAGAGGCAUGGACAUCAAGCAGAUGAAGAACUUUGUGUCUCAGGAGCUCAAGGGACUGAAACAGGAGCACCGCCUGCUGAGUCUCCAUAUUGGGGCCUGUGAAUCAAUCAUGAAGAAGAAAACGAAGCAGGACUUCCAGGAGCUGAUCAAGACCGAGCAUGCACUGCUGGAAGGUUUCAACAUCCGGGAGAGUACCAGCUACAUAGAAGAGCACAUAGACCGGCAGGUGUCACCCAUAGAAAGCCUUCGCCUCAUGUGCCUCCUGUCCAUCACUGAGAAUGGUUUGAUCCCCAAGGAUUACCGAUCUCUGAAAACACAGUAUCUGCAGAGCUAUGGCCCUGAGCACCUGCUGACCUUCUCCAAUCUGCGGCGAGCAGGGCUCCUAACAGAGCAGGCUCCGGGGGACACACUCACAGCGAUGGAGAGUAAAGUGAGCAAGCUGGUGACUGACAAGGCUGCAGGGAAGAUUACCGAUGCCUUCAGUUCUCUGGCCAAGAGGAGCAAUUUUCGUGCCAUUAGCAAAAAGCUGAAUUUGAUCCCCCGUGUGGAUGGCGAGUAUGACCUGAAAGUGCCCCGCGACAUGGCAUAUGUCUUCAGUGGUGCUUACGUGCCCCUGAGCUGCCGAAUCAUCGAGCAGGUGCUGGAGCGGCGGAGUUGGCAGGGCCUUGAGGAGGUGGUGCGGCUGCUCAACUGCAGCGAGUACUCAUUUGCAGACAUGACCAAGGAAGACAGGGCUUCCAGCGAGUCCCUGCGCCUCAUCUUGGUGGUGUUCUUGGGUGGGUGCACAUUCUCAGAGAUCUCAGCCCUGCGCUUCCUAGGCAGAGAGAAAGGGUACAGGUUCAUUUUUCUGACAACAGCUGUCACAAACAGUGCUCGCCUAAUGGAGGCCAUGAGUGAAGUGAAAACCUGAAUAUUCCCUGCCAGCAGGAAGCCUUCUCCAGACUAUUCCCAGGGGGGUGGGUGUUUGGCACCCAGCUGGGAACACAGGGUCCCCAACUACCCUGCUCAGAGCUGGGGAGCGUGGAACUUACAUAGGACUUUGAGAACAUAUCUGAGGAGAGAGUUCAUGUCCUGCUCCCAAGAUAGUCUUUGUUUUUGUUUACAAAGUACUGUAUGGUCCAUGCUGCUCAGAUAUGUGGGGGAAGAAGUAUUCUUUACUAAAUCCCAUCUGAAUAUCACUGUAAAUAAAGCCUCUGUAAAUAAAGCCUCUGUAAAUAAAGCCUUGUAGUUCUGGA